AUAACCAUAAGCAAGAGGUAACAAUUUCAGUAAGAAAAUGUUAUGAUAUCAUGAUGGAAUCCGCCCCUGAGAAGGCGGACAGAUCCCUCAAAUAAGUUUAAUAAUUUAACCUGUCCCUGGAGUCUGGAAGAUUUGUCAGCCCCAAAUUUUUGGCUCAUUAGCUGUUUCAUAGUUUGUCUCAUACCAUCUGGUGAAGUUGGUGAAGUGGUAGGUAUUUUUUCUCAAAGGCCGAUUUCACCAUGAUAUCAUAACUGACAUUUUUACCUCUUGCUUAUGGUUAUGGAGUAAGUUCAUUAGGAAUCGGGGAGAGGGUGGGGUGUAAUUCUUUUUUGAAGUUUUUUUUGGGAGGUACCUACCUAUUUUCUCUGUUUUCAGAUAUUAUUACCUAAUACAACAUUUCCAUAACUUGAGAGGAAAACAAUGGAGAAGUAAAUGAAACAUCGAAGAAAUAUGAUCGUUAUGAUUACUAGCAAACUGUUUCUCACUGUUUUUACUUGCACAUUAAUAUUGGACAUAAGCACGAACCACUCGCAUGCGAAUACCACGGAAGAUAUCGUGACAAUGUAUGCUGUCGAAGAGGAUCGUUCAUUUCACCGCUUGGCAGUAGAUAAGUAUGGCAGAUGGAUAUAUAUAGCUGAAUCAGGAUAUCUUCAUCAAUUAUCAUCAGACUUGAAAUUGCAAGUUGAAUAUACCAGACAGAAACUACAUGAUUCUUCAAAUUGUGCAACUGACAAUUGUUUGCGCAGAUUGUAUGGAACAUAUUAUAGUUCUGAGACAGAUGACAAAAUAUUAGUAAUGGAUUAUCAGAACCAACAAUUGAUAUCGUGUAAUACUUUUUACCGUUAUAAGUGUAACGCACAUGAUUUCAGCAAUAUAUCAAAAAUCUUUGCAACUGAGCAUGUACAAAUUAUACAAAGAGGUCAUGAUGACCCGAGUGUAGCCUUCACAGCGCCUUGUUUACUACACAACUCAUCAGCACCAUUGCCUGCACUGUACCUUGGUUAUGUCGAUUACCACACUUAUCGACAUGACCAAGAUUGGUUCAGUACACGUACCCCGCAAAUAGAGAUCAGAAAUCUAGAACAAACACAAUUUUUGUCCGUUUUAAGAACAAAUUAUAUUUUUUAUUCGAAGAAUCAUUCCAUAACCAUUGAGCGUCCCCGAUUUAUUAUGGGUUUCAGUUUUCAAAACAGUAGCUACUUUCUCACCACAGGAGUUAUCUCAAUCCCAUCUAUUAAAACCAAUACAACUGCUUCACUGUUCCUGGGGGCAGGAUGUCUAAGCAAGGUAAAUCAUAAUCAGGAAAAAGAUUCAUAUAAUGGUGUUUUUAUCACUUGCAAUCCCGGCAAGGAGCAUUCAGAUGUUCAACUCAAGACAAUCCAGCAUGCUUAUAUCUAUGAGUACAUAAACCAAUCAAACCCUGAAUCAGAAACAGAUUCACUUGAAGAUGAGAAAACAUUCAUGUUCGUGCUUUUUGAGCUAGACGUAAAAAACCGAUACGCGGGUUUUGCAGUAUGUAAAUAUGAUAUGAAUAACAUACAUUUCACUUCUCAAAAAACCCAAAUACUAAACAAAGAUUAUAUACUUUUCCAUGAGGGUAGCCCCUAUGUAACAGCUAUGGUAAUCACUGCUGUUAACAACCACAUAGUUCUGUUCCUUGGUACACAAACUGGGAAUCUGAUGAAAGUAUCAAUUGAAGGAAUUCAUUCACCCAAUGCUGGCACGGCAAAUUACUAUUCAGAUAUCACACUUGAUGAGGGAUCUCCCAUAAAUUCUGAUCUGCUGCUUGAUUCCACAAAAAAUUUCUUGUUUGUAAUGACCAAAAAUAAACUUGCAAAAGUCAAAACGUACAAUUGUGACGGAUACCGCACAUUAUAUGAAUGUCUGCGCCCACAAGAUCCUCAUUGUGGAUGGUGUUUUUCCAAAAAUACAUGUUGUUUGAAAUCAGAAUGUACUGAUGAACAAAACAUCAUCAGUUGGAUGUCCUAUUAUAUUUAUAAACAGAUGAACACAACUUUAAUUUCAAAGAACAAGUUUUUACUCUCAGCCGAAUGGAAUGAGACUGCCAGUUUUAUAAAAUCACAUCCUUUUGAUAAUCUCACCAUGAUAUGUAAAAAAUAUAAAACGUGUUCAGCAUGUGCAACUUCACAUUAUCCGUGUAAAUGGCACUUGCAUAAUGAUAGGUGUAUGGAUGAAACCAUCUGGAGCAGUAAUGACAUAGUGACAGGUGCUAUAUCUGAUUACAUCCCAUCUAAAAUUCGGAAUGAGGAAGUCUAUUACACCACAGUUAUAAGAGAUGCGUUUUUCUGUCCCCAGUUCUCACUGGCCACCAAUAAUGAACCAGUAAUUUUCAUCAACGCUGACACUGCUGAAUCAGAAACAGCAACAAGCAUCAUAUUAGCGUAUAGAAUCCCAACGGAUUCAAUAAAUCAGACAUUCAAGUGUAUGCUUCUCGUCAAUGGAAACACAACCAUACAAUAUGAGACUUCAUUCACUUCAAAACAUAUUUCACGCAAUUUAGAUUAUUCAGAAGGAGAAAUUGAAUGUAAAAAUGUGAUACAUAGAUAUGCUGACCAAAGAGCAUAUGCAAUGGUCCAAUUGUCAAUUGUAUGGGUAUGGAAUGGAUCAAAACAUCUUGAUAACCCCAAAAAUUUACAAGUAAUCCUAUAUAAAUGCCCAUACGUGGGAAAUCAGUGUAAAACAUGUGUGAGUCUGCAAUAUUGCAAAUGGGAUUCACAAACUAAACAAUGCGAAUAUGAUAGCAUUAACCAUGAGGUGCGGGAUAAGAAUGCUAAAAUGAAACUAUGUCAAGAUCCAACAAUCUCUUUCUUUACACCACAACUAGGACCAUGGGAAGGUGGAACUAGAAUACCAAUCUAUACCAAAAACUUGGGUCGUGUAUUCCCUUUGUCAGGGAAUAUUACAGUAGGUGACAUCGCUUGCAACGUACAUUCACAAUCAACUAAUAUAGCAAAAGAACCAUUAUUAUGCAUUAUGGAUCCAUGUCAUUCAACGUUUCACAAUUGUAGUGGACCAAUUAGGCUUAUUGCAGAAGACUUACUUUUGACAUCAAAAACUACCUUUCAAUUUGUUGAUCCUAAAAUCAAUGACAUCUCUCCAACAAGUGGAUCAACAAGUGGUGGGACUGAGUUGACAAUUAAUGGCGAACAUCUGAAUGCUGGUAAUAUAAUUGAAGUUUACAUAGGUGACUUGGAAUGUGUAGUAUUUGACAAUAAUUCAAAGCAACUAAAAUGCUUAACAGGUCCAUCUAAAUUACCCAUCAAAACUCAUAUCAUGAUGAAGUUUGAUGGGCAUAACCGAACAUCUGAAAACAUUUAUGAGUACGAUGAAAACUUAGGACCAGAUGAAAACAUUCAUAAAGUACCAAGGGGUGUUCCAAAUGGUGGACAGAAUACAUCAAUAAUAUUUGAUAUAUCCAUUCAAAAGAACAUCGUGAAACAGCAGGAAAUCUUAUUCUACAUCCAUGAUGAAGAGCAAGUGAAGACAUACUACAACAAAUGUGAAAUAUCCAACGUUUCAUUGGUUUGUUCCAUACCAAACAUGAAUGAUCAUAAUUGGUAUUUUCUGGAUGAAAAAAAACCCAAACGUAUGGAUUAUGGUUUCAAAAUAGUCCCUUUGAAAGGAAUAACCAUGAAUGAUUUCGAUGUUCCCAAAAAAUACCCAAAGUUUUUGCUUUACCCAGAUUCAGUAGGUGAUCUUUUACAAGGAAAAAUUACUAAACAACAAACUACAUCAAUUAUAGCCAAAUGGUUGUUGGAAAACAUCUAUUUGUUCAUACUGGGGUUAGUGAUGCUCACUGUAUUCAUGAUUACAAUAUCAGUCAUGUAUUGGAGAAAAUCUGCUGCAAGGUCAAGAAAAAUGCAACAGCAGAUAAAUGUAAUGGGAAUGGAAAGGAUAGCUUUAUCACAAUUGGUUAAACGAGUAGUCAUUGAAAACCAAUUGGAAUUGGACGAAAAUUUAUCACGAAUGCUUAAAUUGCCAAACGUCUCCAUCGUAUACGAAUCUUAUCCAACAUUGGACGCAAAUGAAAUGUCACCGAGGACUGAAUAUGAAGCACCAAGGGCCGAAUAUGAAUUACCGCUGGAUGAAAAGUGGGAAAUUCCUCGAGAAAACAUUGUUCUAGGGGAAUUUCUAGGAGAAGGAGAGUUUGGAAGAGUUGUCAAAGGAAAUGUUUCAGGCCUCUUACAGCAACACAUUGUCACAACAGCAGCAGUAAAAAUGUUGAAAACCACCCACAAGGACACAGACAUGGUUAACUUAGUAACCGAAAUGGAACUGUUGAAACUAAUUGGCAGACAUGACAACGUACUUAGUCUACUCGGAUGUUGUACACAAAAUGGGCCAUUGCUCGUCAUCAUCGAAUACUCUCCUCAUGGAAAUUUACUCGAUUUCCUCAGAAAUCACCACCAACCUUCAGAAGCCAGCGAAAAUGACUUGUCUGAAAAAGUUCAGCUCACAUUUGCUCUUCAAAUAGCCAGAGGCAUGGAAUACAUGGUUUCUUUAAGAUUAAUUCAUCGAGACCUCGCUGCUCGAAAUAUCCUGAUAUUUGACGAUUAUGUGCUGAAAAUAGCUGAUUUUGGAUUAGCCAAAGAUAUUCGAAAUUCCGACUACUAUAAACAAAAGACCAAAGGCAGAUUUCCAGUAAAAUGGAUGGCACCUGAAACCAUAACGCACCGACGUCAUUCCCCACAAUCCGAUGUGUGGUCGUAUGGUAUAUUACUUUGGGAGAUUGUGACUUUUGGCGAAGUUCCUUACGCUACGUACGACGAUGCUAAACAACUACUGAAAGAGAUUCGCUCCGGAUACCGUAUGAAAAAACCUGAAGAUUGCUCAAUGGACACGUACUGCCUAAUGGUGAAAUGCUGGAACCAUUUGCCAGAAAAUCGACCAGACUUUACAAGAAUCAUUCAUAAUUUACAAACCAUAUUAAAAAAGAUGGAUGCAGUAAUUGAAGAAUCAGAUUCGGAUUGUUCAAGCAUUAGCUCGGUACCCAGCCACAAGGCAAAUGAAACCAAUAGUUUACUAUCAGACACGUCUUGAGAACAUGAAAAACAGACAGCAUUUUUUCCCCCACAAACAUUCGAGCAUAUUUUAUGUGAACGAACCUAGGCUAAAUUUAAUUCAACCAAAUGUAAAUAAUAUUUUGUAAAUUUAAUAAAAUUUCAAUUGAGCUGAA